GAUUUGCCCGGUUUGUAGUGUUUGUGAUGUUUGCCUUGUUUGUAUGGGAUCCCCCCGUUUCCUGCCUGAGGCAGCCGUACCUUAAAAUCGACCGACCGCCCGGCUCUGAUUGGUCGAGGAGGCCCCCUAGCGGCCAGCGGAACCCGUGGGUUUUGUCGACAGCAACAAAACAAUCCUCUUCUUUUGGCUCUUUCCCUCUUCCUCGUCAUAAACAAAUCUCCCAACGCUGCCUGGAAAAGGGGUCGUCUCUUCUAUUCCUCCCGCUUCAUUCCCUGAUCUCUCAUUGCACUCCCGCCGUAUCGGCACCGUCAAAUCUUCCUCUCCUCGAUUCUAAAUUCUACCACCUAUUCACGCCAUCUACCCCACCAUGGGCGAAUCCAGACAAGAGCUGUUGGGAUGGCUCAACAAUCUGCUGCAGCUGAACCUAACCAAGAUUGAGCAGUGCGGAACCGGGUAUGAACAACGCUCCUAUUACUCUGCAUGCUGUGCAAUUCCUCCGCUUCGGCGAUGGACUUGUUAUCCCCGAUGCCUUGAGACGACGGGUGGCAGAGUCUUUUGCAAUGAAGGCUUUCCCCCAGUAUGAACAGGACACGCUGAUGUGGUAAAUCUUGCACAGUGCUGCCUUGUGUCAGGUUUUCGAUUCGAUAUUCAGUGAGUGCAAAGCCUGGGGAUUAUACGUGUCCGAUUUCAAGAUCAACUUGCUAAUGUGCCAUUUCUCCAGUGGAUGUUCCCAUGUCCCGUGUGAAAUUCAACGUCAACACCGAAUAUGCUUACCUCCAGAACUUCAAGGUCCUCCAGAACGUUUUCGCGCGCCACCACGUCGACAAGCCCGUCCCCGUCGAGCAGCUCACGAAAUGCCGCAUGCAGGAUAACCUGGAGUUCCUCCAGUGGGUGAAGAAAUACUGGGACCAGCACUACCCGGGUGGUGACUACGAUGCCGUCAGCCGUCGCAAGGCUUCCGGCGGUGCUCCCACCUCGGCCGCCAGCUCUCGCGCGGGCGCCAGCUCGGCCGGAGCCACGCGACGAGGCACCACGCCCACCGUCGGAGGAAGUCGCACUCGGGCUGCCCCCGGUGCUGGCGGGGCCAACGUGGCCGCGCUGCAGCAGGAGAUCGCCACCCAGAAAGAGGCCAUUGGUGGUCUGGAGAAGGAGCGGGACUUUUACUUUGCCAAGCUACGCGACAUCGAGCUGCUGCUGCAGAGCGCUAUCGAGGCGGACCCCGAGUUGGACAAGGAGGAGGACUCGUUAGUCAAGCACAUCCAAGGCAUUUUGUACUCGACAGAGGAAGGAUUCGAAAUCCCCGCAGAGGCCGAGGCAGGCGCCGAUGAACUGGAGACCUUUUAG